CUCUGCCGGCCACUUCGGGAACGGCUAAUCACCUGGGCGGGAUAAACUCUACUUUUGACGGCAUGCUGUCUACCAACGUAAUCUUGACAGAUAAGAGUACUUUGACAGCCAUACUAUCGACACUUGGAGCGCAUUGACGUCACUUUAUUCAUGUCGGCGAUGUUCGUAGCCGCUGGUUACAGCCAUCCCGUACGGGCCACUUUGCUAAAGUUACCUCCGAGUGAGCUAGCACGCUUCGACUAGCCUUCAUCGUCGGCCCGGCUAGCUCAUGUCUUGUGCGGCUUGGAGCGUCCAAAAGCCUGCGACAUCACCCCCGCCACACCGGGUGCCUCUCCCACGCCGCUGUUUGAUGGAAGGGUGAGGGGGGAAACAAUGUUAAGAUUCCUCCACAUUGUGCUAACAGGUCUUUUAGGUGUUCUGCGGGACAGAGUCACUGCCUUCGACAGCAUCCGACUUGCAGAUGGUGAGAACAAGUGUUCCGGGCGUGUUGAGAUCCUUCGACACAACCAGUGGGGAACGGUUUGUGACCACGGCUGGGACCUCGUGGAGGCCAACGUGGUGUGUCUGGAGCUGGCCUGCGGCUUGGCGGAGUCUGCCCACCACCGAGGGUCUGGGCCUGGCAAGGGAGAGAUCUGGCUGCGGCACAUCCAGUGCUCGGGACAUGAGUCCAGUUUGAACCGCUGUGCGGUCGUCCUCCAUAGUAGCUCCCAUUGCACACAUGACAAUGACGCAGGAGUAACAUGCUCAGGUACACUUUUCAUGCCCAUCCUCUCCCUAUUAUCACCCUACAAUGUGUUCUCUGCCGGGGAGGCAGUUCGCUUCAGCUGCAGCGUCCUGCUGGCUCACAUCAGUGACUUCCACCUGUAUAAGAACGGCCUGUCCAAACCCGUGGUGACUCAGAGGGUGGACCAAAGCCAGACCCGGGUGGAGCUGACCGUGUCCGACAUUGAGACGUUCCAGCAGGGCAGCUAUAGUUGUCGCUACAGUAUCAGAGGCAGCUCGCCUUCUCAGUUGCUCGGCUCACCACCCAGCAACUCUGUCAACAUUACUGUGGUGGAGCUCCUGACUCCCCAACACUGGUACAACACGUCGUCUGACGCCCCGGCUGGUUCCGUCCUUAAGGGCCACAGUUUUAACAUCACAUGCUCCACACAGCAGGAGUACCCCGGAGGCUCCUUUCAGCUGCGGCUUAUCCGCUCCAACGGCACGGUGCGGCAGUCUCUGCCGGCCCUCGCCCCUUCCGUCACUUUCACCUUCCCCAGCGCCCAAAGCUCCAAUGAGGGCUACUACUACUGCCUGUAUCGAGUGCAGCUGGGGGGGCGCACAUUUAUCUCCAGAGAGAGCCAGGCUCUGCCCAUCGCUAUAAAAGACCCAGAUCCAGUUCUGAGUCCAGUGGUGAUCAGCUGGCUUGUUUCUGGUCUGACAUUUGUUGUAGCUGUCAUCAUAAUCGUCAUUGUGGCCAAAGUGCUGUGCAACAAGGAAAAAAGGCCCUCUGAACUGGAGCGGGAAACCCGAUCAUGUGUGGAAAACACAUAUGUUGCCUUAUCAGUUAACAAGCUAUGAUGGCGUACGCAGGCUAGCGCAUGGCUGAAGUCGGCAGGGCCGAAAUUCUGGUCAUGCUGGAUUCAGGCAGCAGAAGCUGUACCACAGAACCAAAAGGUCGGAAUCCACAAAAACAACCAGUUCAGUACAGUCCGGAUCAUACCAGGUUUCUACUUGGUGAUAAUGUUGUUUUGGAUUUCAUAAAAUGUUCAGAUUUCUGUAUCUAGCCAUAAAAAACAAACAUCUGAACACUUUGGGCCUUCUCUUUAGCCUGGUUCACCAAAUGGCAUUGCCAAGACAAAUUACAGCGAACAAAUGAAAUGUCAUCCCUGCUUUUAACGCAUCCCAGUGAACACGACAAACACGUUGUUAGUGACACACUAGUGCAGGUGUCCUGAUGACAGCAUCUGUAAGCAUCCCACAAACUGUUAAAUCUAACCAUGGGAUUCUUUAGGUGUCUUCUUUACUGUGUUGAUGUAGUUCGGUUUUAUUUAUGUUAAAGGGGUCAGAUUAUAUGUCAAAUCUACAUUUAACACACCUCUUUGUGUUCUUUACAACCAAUAAUGGUACUCAAACAUUGGUUUUAAAGAAUCAUCUUCAAGAACCUUGAAAACUACCGUAGUUGUUUCAGGGUCUGUCUUUUUUAGAUGCAAAUGAUCUCCUCCACGUCUCGUCCCCUCCAGCUGACUGAGAUUGUUUCCACGCCCCAUUAGACAUUUUUGUAGUUCUCAAGGUACGUUUUGUUGGCCUUACCAAAAAAUACAAGAUAGAAUGAUGUAAGUAAGUUAGAAAAAUAUAAGUUAAAACGGCAACAGGUACACGCUAAUGCAGUGGUCCCCAACCUUUUUGUGAUUGUGGACCGGUCAACGCUUGAAAAUGUGUCCCACGGACCAGACCGGGGGUGGGGGGGUUUGUCAAGAAAAAAAUACAAUCAUGUGUGCUUACGGACUGUAUCCCUGCAGACUGUAUUGAUCUAUAUUGAUAUAUAAUGUAGGAACCAGAAAUAUUAAUAACAGAAAGAAACAACCCUUUUGUGCGAAUGAGUGUAAUGGGGGAGGUUUUUUGGGUUGGUGCACUAAUUGUAAGUGUAUCUUGUGUUUUUUAUGUUGAUUUAAUAAAUAAAAAAUAAAAUUGUUUUUUUAAUUUUCUAUAAUUUCUUGUGCAGCCCGGUCCCAAUCGAUCCAUGGACCGGUACCGUGGUUGGGGACCACUGCGCUAAUGUAUCAUUACAAAUUGUCAAAACUACUGUUAUUUGAUUUACCGCUUCAUUGUCUCCACAAAAAGUAGUUUUUGAAAAAUCCUUUUGUAUUUUGUCAGCAGAGGUUGGUAAAACCGCUCUCUGUGUUGUAGGCACAUUGGCAGGAAACACAAAACUUUAAGCAGGCACUUCUUCAGACGAGGUUGAUGUUUUGACCCGUGCUGGUUAAUACAACAAAUAACACAAUUUUCGUUCAAACUACACACACGCGAUGAGAAAUAAAAAUAGCUGACUCAUUAAAUCAUUUACCUGGUAUGGAGAUAUCCGCAGUUGGCGUAUGUCACAAAUCUGGGCAAAUCUCAAACAGCUCGUUUGGAACAAGGCAACAUUUAUGACAUUUAUAUGGAUGCCAGAUACAAAAAAAAAACAGCAAGAAAAGUGGAUUUUGCAAAAUAUGACCCUUUUAAGAUUAUUUAGUCACACUCUGGCUUUCUGCAUGCAGUAAGCACAUGACCAAAUAUUUAACUUCAAACAGCUUGUUAAUUCACAUAAAAAAACUUGGUGUUCCUUAAAACGACCGAGAGGGACAAGCAAUAUGUUGGGUAGGGCCUUAAUUUGCACCCCUGCUAUGACGAGUGGUUAGUGGCACAUAUACAGAUUUAACCUUUUGACUUGUUUAAUUUAGGCCUGGCAGACUGGACUUUUGUUUCAACUGUUUUCAAACAAUUUCUAAAUGAAUGUAAAUCUCACAUACCUUGCACUUCAGAUGACUUAACGAGAGCCCUUUGUGUUCAAAGUGAGUGUUGUCUCAACUCAGUGUUAAGGCAGGCAUCUCAACAGCUGCUACUUGUGGUUUUCAACAUUUCAGUUGUUACUUGAUUUAUACUAAUGACAAACACCACUGACAUGUUGUAUACUUCGGUUUUACACCUCAACUGUAUUGUUUUUCUACCAAACCCGCCUAGGAAAUGUCUAUGUACUCCACUGUACUAAAACGUAUUAAGUCACUCCUAAUUAAAAUGCGAUUGUUGAGUUGAAUGCAUUUAAAGCUGUUUAAUUGAGUAUCAUAUGAAAUAUCAGAGCUUCAUCACAUUGCACACAGUUUUUUUUUUCCUUCUUUUGCUAUUAGUUAAAACAUUACAUGUGUUGUUUGCAUACUUGUGAUCAUGCAGUAACAAAAAUAAUCAAGCCACAUUAUUAGUUUUGUAUCAAAACACCUGAAUUAUUGAUACAGUGGAACAAAUACUUUACUUUUCCUGACACAACAACACAGAACAUUUUAUAAUUAAGUGCUUUUCCUUCCUUAACCACUUAGGCACUUAUGUUUGUUUAAAAAUAGUCAAACAGUAUAAAGUGUGAAAACAGUGAACAAUACCAAUGAGCUCUACGUUCAUGCAAAGAUUUUGCACAAUGAAGAAGCUUAGUGACACAUUUUGGACACUUACUUAGAUUACAAAGACAUCAUUAAACAAAAUAAAACAUUUUGGGAUAAAAUAUAUAUGUCAUCUUUAAGUAAAACAGCCCAAUAAACCGGACUUGAGUUUUUUUCUUUCUUAUGAGAAUUACUGCAACUUAUUGGUGUAUGCAUUCGUCUCCAUACUGGAGAAGACAAGGUAGAGGAACACCGCUGCAAUGAGGAAGAACACCAACUGGACCCAGAGUGGGACGAAGCGGGUUGACUCGGGUUGUGGAGGAGCCUCUCUAGAUGUUUUGGGUGUUGAGUUAGUGUACGGAUAGCCUUUGUUGUAAGUGUAGUGUCUAUAGAGAGAACACAAUAGGUGGUUGUUAUACAUUGUCAGUAACUUAGUGCUCAUCUUGACCCAAAACAGUACAAAAUGAUGCCAUCGUUCUGUGGACUGAAGUUACGUUUGAUCUGAAACUUCAACACGCAAAAAUGCGGUUUUUAUUUUAGGUGGGAGACAAACUUACUCUGGUUCAGUUUCUCUUUCAGUCCACUCUGGUCUUGACCUCAUGUGAAGCCUACUGUUGUAAAAAACAAUACACACACAUUAGUAAUUAAAACUACAAAUAUACAUUUAAAUGAAAAUUUGAUGUAACUUACUUGUCCUCUGGAACAUUACUCCGGGUCUAUAAAAAGGACAAAAGAUGAUGUAUUCAGUGCAGAAAUGGACUAUUAACCUACCGCAAUUAGAAACGAUGUUUAAGGCAAGCAAGAGGAAAAAAUACAUAGAACGAUUGCUGGGCUGUAAAUGAUGUCACUUCCUGUUCGCCUCAGACUUAAUCACAUGGGUGUACACUAUCGCCGGUCCGAUAUUUGGCAUUUUGAUGUUUAUCCCUAUCGGCCUCUUUUUUUUGGUAUGGUUUUUGAAUUUAUUUUUUUUUCGGACUACAUCAACAGAUACAAUAUAUACACAUACAGUAUGAUGCAGUAUUUAAAAAUAAAAUAAAAGGAUAGGUUGAUUGGCAACACUAAAAUUGGCCCUAGUGUGUGAAUGUG